CCACAGCAAGCAAGCGAGUAGCAGCUUCUACCAACUACACACGACAACCACAAGCAAAAAGCCAGCCAACUAGUCCUACACUAAUCACGUCACCAAACAUGAAACGGAGCUGCCUGUUGAUUUGCGUUUGCCUGCUGACCUGCCAUGUGGCUAAUGCAUCCUUUCUGCGACCGAUCGAGCUCAGCCAGUUAGCCAAGUCAUCGAGUCUCCAGCAGCAGCAGCAGCAGCAGCAGCUGCGGGAUCUGGACAAUGAUGACACCAAUUUGGAUGAGCCGACGACAAUUUUGCCCAACUCCAGUGAGGAUUACGACAGCCGUCCACAGUAUACCUUCGCCUACGAUGUGCGCGACACGCUGACCGGCGAUGAGAAGCGACAGGAGGAGAAGCGCGAUGGCGAUUUGGUAAAGGGUCAAUACUCGCUCGUCGAACCCGACGGCACGCGACGUAUUGUGGACUAUACGGCGGAUGAUGCCAGCGGUUUCAAUGCAAUCGUGUCAAAGCAGCGCCUUGACGAGCGACUGAGCACGGCACAAGCAUCAGCCUCCUCUGCCUCGUCCUCCUCCUCUCGCUACAAUAGCAUCGAAGAGCUGCAGUCACGCCUGACAGCCCAGGCCAUUGCCGAAGCGCAGGCGCUAGCCGACGCUCAGCAACAAUCGCAACUGCAACUAGAAGCACAGGCACGACUUGAAGCUGAGAGCCAAGCGCGUCUGCAGUCUAAGCAGCUCAUGGAGCAAUUCCAGCAACAAGUGCAGCAAACCGCUCAGCUGCGCCAACAGCAGGAGCAACAGCGUCAGCAGCAGGAGCAGCAGCUGCGCGAGUUGCAGCGUCUGCAGGAGCAAAGGGAUCGUGAGCAGCGGGAGCGUGAGCAGCGGGAGCGUGAGCUGAGAGAUCGUGAGCAGCGGGAGCGUGAGCUGAGAGAUCGCGAGCAGAGGGAACGUGAGCAGCGCGAGCAGGAGCGUCGUCAGCAACAGGAACGUCGUCUGAACCAGAAUCAAAACCAAAAUCAGAAUCGUCUGCUGGAGCGUCUCAAUGGCCAGCAGCAGAAUUUGCUGUUGUCCAACUCCAAUCAGCUGCUGGGUCAGAGUGUCCAGGCCAGCGUUGUCUCGCAUCCCCCCACGUUGAUCUCUCGCUUGCCGUCGCUAAGCUCCGGCAACCUUCUGCUGACUGGGGAGCGUGAGCGCGAUUUGGAUGCCUGGCGCCAGCUGCCCAGCUCACGUCUAAACAUCGAGCGCAACGCACAGUCCGUGAUCUUGUCGCAGCCAUCCAGUGCCUCGGUGCAGGCUCAACUCAUUGGCUCACCUUUGCUGCUCAAUUCGGCCAAUCUAAAUGGCUUGAUUACCACGCGCCUCAAUGGCAAUGCGGCACGCGCCGGCGCUGCCAUCAGCUGGUCUCAGGGACGUCGCAUUGACAACGAGCUGUGGCAACAACUGGAUCGACUCGACGAGAACGACAUUCGCCGAGCCGACGACCAGCGCCUCGAGACCGAAGAGCUGCGCUCCAUCAGCAGCAACCGCCGCGCCAAGUGGUAAACACCUUGCCCGACCACAGGCCAAACUUCAACUGAACUCAACGCUUAAAGGACCUCAACGAUCAACUGCAACGGAACUCGAUUAUGCUUAGAACUUAACCUUAUGUGUAACUUGUGUUAUGUUAGUCUUACGUGGGAUAUGGUUACUUUCCUAUUUACUCAAUUUCCUUAACAGCAAACUUUGCCAGAAACUAACCCAAUCAAGCUCAAGUUUUCUGCAUAUCUCCAACUAACUCUAGCCAUAAGCCUAAUUGUUUUGUACAACUUUUGUAGUUAACUGCAUUGUCAAACUUACUAAAAAAAGGAAAAAUAGUUAAUAAAAAUAGCCAACGCACAGUGUGUGAAGA